AUGUCGACAUGCUUGGGUGAUAACUCGAUCGGCCCAGCUGUCGUAGGCUGUCGCGGUGACUUUGACUUCACCAUCACUUUUGAGGAAACUAUCUUGUCGAUAUUACCCUCGGCGUGCUUCAUCUUCUUGGCAACGCCACGACUCUGGGUACUUUCUAAACGCCAAAACACCAAAGUGAAACGUCACGCGACCCAAUGGCUGAAAUCAGCCUUCCUGGUUGCCCUUGUCGCCUUGAAUCUGGGCAUGCUAGCUCUGGCUGCUACAUGGCGACCAAGGAAUCCCGUCAACAACAAAAUAGUCGCUGCAGGCGCCAUGUCUAGCGUGGCAGCCUUGCUACUCCUGCUUCUCUCCAACAUUGAACACAUGAAGAGCCAACGUCCCUCCAUACUCAUCAGUCUCUACCUUUCUCCAACGACCUUGUUCGAUGUCGCUCGCACAAGGACAUGGCGGCUCGAGUCUGGCGGGCGUUCAUACACUGCCAUCUUGACGGCCAAGACUGUCUUGCAGUUCACCGUUAUUCUUCUGGAAGCCAUGCCCAAAUUCCACUUGCUACGAGGCCAUGAAACGCACACGGAUACAAGCCCUGAAGAAACCAGCGGCAUAUUCUCGCUCGCCUUCUUCUACUGGCUUAACCCGCUGGUUUACAAGGGCUCAAAGAAAAUUCUCAAGUCGGAUGAUUUGUAUCCGCUUGACAAGCGCCUCUCGGUGAGCAACCCGCUCAAUGGCUUUAACAACUUGUCCGGUCGCUCCUUGAAACCUGAUUUAAGCAGCGUGACGCUGCUCUUCCGCCUCGUGCAAACCGUAGGGCCAUCACUUCUUAAGCCAGUCCCAGCACGGCUACUAUUGAUCGGGUUUUCAUUUUGUCAACCUUUCUUCAUUCAGCGGCUUACUAGUUUUCUCCAAGAAGAUGCAUCAUCCGUUGGGAGCAUUGGCGUGGGGCUCAUCGGGGCGAGUAUCCUUAUAUACUCUGGAUUGGCUUUAUCCACGUCCAUGUACUGGUAUUGCCAGUACCGAGUCCUGACCAGGUUUCGCGCGACCCUUGGCCAUAUCAUCUAUGACAAGAGUCUCCAGCUACCCACAGUAGAUGAUGGCGUCUUGACUGUGAUGAGCAUGGACGUUAAUCGCGUCUAUGGGGGUCUUCACAACGUUCAUGAGCUGUGGGCAAACACGAUUGAGGUCGCGCUCGCGGCAUGGCUACUGCAGAGACAGAUUGGGACUGCAUCCGUGACACCAAUUAUCAUUGUGGGCAUUUGCGUUAGCCUCACCGUUGCCGUUGGCAAGUUUGCCGCAAAGUAUCAAGGCGACUGGUCACAGAAGACGCAGGACCGUGUGAAACUUACAUCGAGCGUGAUUGCACAAAUCAAGGAGUUGGAGUUAUCAGGCAGGAGCACACAGAUAGCAGCUCUAAUGCAGCGUCUUCGCGAAGAUGAGCUAGACGCGGGCGCCAAAUUUCGUCUCCUUGGCACCGUCUCAACUUGCGUCGCCUUUGGACCUAUGCUGCUUGCCCCUGUUAUCACAUUUGCCUUCACUAGUAUCGGCCGAGGUCUCGACACCUCGCAGGUUUACGCCUCGCUGUCGUGCUUAACGCUACUUUCAAGCCCGCUCUCUCAGCUAUUUCAGACAGUCCCAUCAAUGUUGGCGUCUACUGCGAGCUUCAAGAGAAUCUACGACUUUCUUUCCAAGCCGAACCGAGCCGAAUACCGAAGCACCCUCCGUUCUGCCGGUGAAAAGGGGCAAGAGCAGGUCAUCUCAUUACGAGACGUCAGUUUUGGUUGGCAGGAAGACAAGUGGUCGCUAGUUAACCUCAACAUUGCAUUCUCUGACUCUCAGUUAUCCAUCGUCACAGGCCCCGUCGCGUCUGGAAAGUCAACGCUCUGUAUGGGUAUCUUGGGUGAAGUUCCUUUCGUUCAGGGUACAGUCAGCGUUCGACCGACCUGUUUUGGGCAAAUAGGCUUUUGCGGCCAAACCCCAUUUCUUACCAAUGAUUCUAUUCGCGCAAACAUCGUUGGCCCUGACCAAAAGUUCCAUGAACAGCGUUACAAGUCAGUCCUACAGGCGACUCUACUGGAUGUGGACAUUCGAAAUAUGUUGCAGCACGAUGAGACGUUAGUUGGAAGCAACGGAAUGAAUCUUAGUGGCGGCCAGAAACAGCGAGUAGCCUUGGCUCGCGCCUUAUAUCUCGACGCAACUCUCUAUGUUCUAGACGAUACGCUCAGCGGCCUCGACACGCAAACGUCCAAUGAGGUCACUCGGCGGCUUUUUGGGGCAGAUGGCAUCUUACGGACAAAAACAGUCAUUUGGUGCACUCACUCAACUGAAUACCUCUCGCUCGCGCAGCAGGUCAUCGUUCUAGGAAAGGAUGGCAAGGUGCAGAGUUGUGGUCCUUCCAAUGCCGAGGCAACUAGCCUUGUUGAAGAGAGCAUACUGGAUACCACAGAAAAACACGGCAUUUCGUCCUCUAGCAGUUCAAAUGGCGAACGGCCGGUGGUCAAGUCCACGGUCGAGGGAGACAAUGGCAAGCGACUACUCCGAAGCCGGCAUGACGGAAAGGUCUACACCCAGUAUAUCAAGGCUCUUCGUCCCAGAAUCUUGGUGUUAGCUCUUGUAACCGGAACCCUGUUCAGCUUUGGGUAUAAUUUUGGAACAGUGUGGGUAGGAUUCUGGGCCAAAAACUCGUUCCAUUGGCCCGAUGAUCAGUCUCAAGCAUUCUACCUUGGCCUUCUCGCCCUCUUCGAAGUGUUCGGCCUUGUUAGUCUCGCCGGCUUUCUCGGUAGUACGCAGAUGCAAAUGCCCAGACAAGCAGGUUCUGAGCUCCAUUUGAGGGCACUCAAGUGCUUAUUCAGUCUGCCAUUGACUUAUUUUAGUUCUGUAGACAAGGGUACAACGACGAACCUUUUCUCGCAAGAUAUGGGCAUGCUUGAUAACCAACUCGUAUUUGCUAUUUCCAAUACUUUACUAUCAGGAUUCACAGUCAUUGGGCAGCUAGUUGUCGUCGCUGUUGCAACACCGUACAUUGCCAUCGGAUACCCCUUUUUCUUUGGAGUCCUGUACUUGCUCCAGAACUACUAUCUCAAAACGUCGAGACAACUUCGAUUGCUGGACCUCGAGGCGAGAAGUCCUUUGUAUUCUAGGUUCCAGGACGUUGUCGCAGGUUUGAUUUCCAUCCGAGCAUUUCAGUGGAUGAAUCAAUACCAGAAAGCAUUUGACCUGUUCUUGAACCAGUCUUUACAGCCGGAUUAUCUGCUCGAUCUUGCCCAACAGUGGCUGACACUGAAUCUGAACCUGAUUGUUGGCAUCAUCGCCGUUGUAGUCACUUGCUUUGCCACACAAAUUGUGGCAUCAUCUCAUGCCGGACUUGUUGGCGCUAGUUUGGUGUCGCUCAUGACGCUCAGCGAAUUAGCAUGCGCAACCGUGCGAUCAUGGGUUCAGUUGGAGACCUCUCUUGGUGCAGUGAAGCGCCUGCAGGAUUUCGACGAUAAUCCUACUCGAGAGGCUGACCAAGGUAGGGACCCUCCAGUGGAUUGGCCAACGUCAGGACAAAUUACCAUUGAUGGCGUUUCGGCCGCUUAUGGCAGCAAGACAUCUGAGAACGCUUUGGUACUUCGUGACAUUCACCUCAGCGUCAGCGGUGGCGAGAAGGUUGCGAUUAUUGGCAGGACAGGAAGCGGAAAAUCAUCGCUUCUCCUCCUUCUUAUGCGGCUGCUCCAUACUACUCCUGACACCUCGGACAAGAUGACGGUCGACGGGAUUCAACUACAGCAUUUGAGCCCUCAGGCCCUGCGGCAGAGGAUCAUCGCUGUUCCACAGGAACUGAUGUUUCUGCCUGGCACGGAAACCUUCAGACAGCUCCUUGAUCCUGAUGGAAACCUAAGCGACGAGCAGUGUAGGACCGCUAUUGUCGAGGUUGGCCUAAACGAUCUUGUCGAGGACUUGGGUGGCUUAGACGCUCUGAUGUCUGAAGACAAAUUAAGCCACGGACAGAAACAGCUCCUAAGUCUUGCUGUAGCUGUGGCAAGAAAGCUGCGCAGAGAUCAAGCCGACAUGUCAAGAGACACGGAUACAGAAAAGGGCAGCAGUAGAGGCAUCUUGCUGCUUGACGAGGUGACAGCUAACGUGAAUUUCGAAACAGAGGACAAGAUGCUGGAAGUUAUCUUUCGCGUCUUUGGCGACUACACUGUGCUAAAUAUCACGCACCGACUCAGGUCUCUGCAUCAAUUUGACGCCGUGUACUCAAUGUCGGGGGGCAAGAUCAAUGCCAUCAAGGAUGCUGAGAGGCCAUUCAUGUAUACUUGA